CGCCCCGGAAAUGCGUGUUCUAGCUUUCUGUGUGCUUAGGUGCCCGAGCUACUGAGGGUCUAAGUCCGGGCAGCCGAAGAGUGUGGUUAGCAAGAUGAACAAAGAUGCGCAGAUGAGAGCAGCGAUUAACCAAAAGUUGAUAGAAACUGGAGAAAGAGAACGCCUCAAAGAGUUGCUGAGAGCUAAAUUAAUUGAAUGUGGCUGGAAAGAUCAAUUGAAGGCACACUGUAAAGAGGUAAUUAAAGAAAAAGGACUAGAACACGUUACUGUUGAUGACUUGGUGGCUGAAAUCACUCCAAAAGGCAGAGCCCUGGUACCUGACAGUGUAAAGAAGGAGCUCCUACAAAGAAUAAGAACAUUCCUUGCUCAGCAUGCCAGCCUUUAAGAUUGAAUUAGAUUGUGUUGUUCUGUGGUUUUAUUUCUGAAAGUAAAACUUGCCAUAAAUUAGAAAUCAAUUUCCCAAAAUAAAAUCCUUUUUUGUAUGAUGGUAUACAGUUUUCAGUAAUGAUGUAUACAUUGUAUUGAUUUUUUUCCCUAAAUGUGUUAUUUUAAUAAAUAUCUCAUAAAUGAGUUUGAAGUUUGCUUGGAUUUUGGAAUAAAUGGGACUUUGUCUUUAUUACUAAUUCACCAGAUUUGUUAAGAGAGAAAGCAAUUAAUAUAGUUUCAAUAUUUAGUAUGUUCAAGUCUCUGUUAACAGCUGAGAGGUAGUCUUUUUUGAUUGUCUGCAUAUGGUGUAUUCCUCUUUUGAAUCCCCAUAAUAAUGUUAUAAAUUGUAAUGCCCCAUCUUGUACUACAGUUGUCUUUUUCUUAUUUGUUAUAAACGCUAAGGGUUAGGACUGGGUCUUAUUCAUCAUCAUGUGCCUUCCUUAUGCUUCAAAGAAUUUGCCAUCUAAUGGAAGAGAGAACAUUUGCAAGUUGGCUCCAUACCAAGUUCCUUCCACAUACUCUACUCAUCUGAACUUUGAAUGCAGAAUCUUUAAAUUGCAUCCCCACAUACUAAGAUCAAGAAAGAACUUAAUGGAAAUAAUUUCCACCUGUUAGCUUUACUCUGACAUCAGGAUUACCAAAUCCAAUGGACUCUUGCCUAUUCUUAUGUAACUUCUGCUGGAAAAUGAAAAUGUUGACCAUCCUGCCACUUGGAACUCUCUUCCCACUCCUCACAUUGUUUCUUCCUACCACUGGAAGUUCCUUCUGUUUCUUGUGGAGUACUUUUUGCUGUAUGGGACUUUUAAAUAAUGAUGUUUCUUAAGACUCCCUGGGCCCUCUGCGUAACUGAAUAUUCUUUUCUUGGGUAUUUCCCCGGAAACUUGGGUCAGACCAUGGCUUCAGAUACCAACAGGUUGAUAAAUG